AUGGCCAAUUCGACCGAAAUCGACAUCAUCGACGAGCCUGAGUUCAUAAACACGAUCAUAGGAGAGCAUUUUUAUGAUUCCUGUAUUGAAGAAAAGUGCGAUGUGAAUGAUCUCCUCGGCACCGUCAACGACAUCAUUUUGGGCGCCAGCUUACUUGUCGAUAAGGACAGUGGCAACAAAAAGGAUCCUAUAGAUGUCUCGCAAACCAUUAUUCCGAGAAACAUUGCACAUUUAAUUAACUGGAUCGGCUGCCAGAUGACAUGCCAGGCUAAGCGCGGGAAAAGUGUAAAAGAUAGGUUGCGGGAGAUCUUCCUGAAGCUAUCAAGCUAUCGAUGGACCACCCAAGUACUGUUGGUCCUCGCAGCCUUCGCUCUGCAAUACGGCAACUUCUGGUACAUCUCCGAAGCUCCUUACGACGUCGGAAAAGCCCCGUUCACUUACCUCCUGAAGGGCCUGACCUCACUUAAGAAGAGGCUCAUAUCCGACGAUGAGAAGGCGGCGGCGAUAAUUCCUCUCAACAAGGUGGUCAACGACCUCGUGGAGUUGACCGCUUCGUUGGUUGGUCUCGACGAGCUGGUGAUAAAGCACAGUGGGAAGCACGUACCUACAUUGGUAGAGGCAUUUCGAAAAAUACCCAAGUGGAGCUGCGAGGCCAUCAUCGCCAUUCUGGCCGCCGGGAACUAUUUCUCCCAGUUUAUAGAUGACGAUAAGUCGGCAGAAUCAGAACUGGAUACUCUUGCGUCAAGCGUGUCGGAAAGGAAGGGCGCUGUUCUCAAAGUGAUCAAGGCUUGCGAGAAAAAAAUAGACCGGACGGAGGAGUAUCAGAAGUACGUGAGAAAGGUCGAAGCUCCUGUGAACAUAGUGGACUUUCUGGUUUCACUGCUUACUCCGAAGGAUUUCUCACAGGAUCCAAUUGUUACUCAUCCCAGUGACAAGCCGGUCAAGUUUGAGUCGUUCAGGAAGAGGAGGGUGUUGCUGAUCAAUUCGGACCUAAAGAUCUCUGAGGAUGACAUUGAGACUCUUAAAAGCAUUCGUGGUGUUCCUGAGCCCAUUCAAGGGAGCCCUAAAGAGGAAGACCGGAGUGAUCGUAAUAUCCCGAUCCAAACCGAGAAGGAGAAGCUCUAUGAGCAUGUUUGGAUCCCUAUUGGGGAUACGACGCCCAAGAAUUUGGACGAACUGAAGUCUCGGAUGCCAUGGGCUUAUAUGGUAGACCCCCAAACAAUGAAUGUGCUGGCCCCUACGUAUAUCAAAGAAGAGUGGCGUUUCAAGCGGGAAACCAUAGUUGUGGUGCUGGACUCAUCUGGUUGGGUGGUGAACGCAGACGCCAUGCCAAUGCUCCGGAUAUGGGAGAGAGAGGCUUUACGUGACACAACGAUUGAAAGUACCCGUCUUUGGGGUGACCCAUGCAAUUGGGUUAAGCUUGUAAUUGUUGACACCUAA